UCUUGAAUCUGUUGGAAAGCCGCUGAGCUUCGCGCACGAAUCUGACGCUAUACCAGCCACAAAGUGCACGGACGAUCUCAGAGGAUCAUAUCUACGAUUUUGCAUGGAUUUGUGUUUUGCUCUGCGCUCUUGGCAUCACUGCGUAAAAGACUGAUCCUAUUGCCGAGGGGGGGAAAGGCGCUGGCGCUGCGCCACGAUCUGGCAAGUGCGCCUCCCUUCACCGCUGUUUGGCUUAUUCAUAGUUAGGGGUUUGGGUUUGGCUGUUUUUAAAAAGGCAAGCACUGCUGUGAAGUUGAUCAGUCUGCUCAGAAAACUUCCAGAGGGGAAAGUGUUUUGGAAUCGGAAAGUCCAGAAUUUCAGUGCGCAACCAAUUGCGCACAAACUGGACUAUUGGAGAAUACCUAUGUGAUUCAUUUAUUUUAUAUGUAUUUAUAUGAAAAUCCACCGGAUUGUUCUUUAUCACCUUUUUAAGAGACUAUUUUUAAUUGAAUAAUUUUUAAAACACCACAACCAGUGCUUUCACUUUGCAUGCGGACUUUUCCUUUGAGUCGAAUCUGAGCCAAACGUUCAUGCGUUCUCAUAUCUAGUUUUUUUUUUUUUUUUGUUUUUUUUUUUGCCAUCGGACCUCAUUCACUUUGACACGAAGUAUGGCUCUUCUUGUGCUGGGUACAUUUCUGACGGCGUUGUCCAUCAGCGGAGGCUCUUAUGUGCCGUGCGAGCCGUGCGAUCAGAAGGCGCUCUCCAUGUGUCCUCCGGUCCCGGUGGGCUGUCAGCUGGUGAAGGAGCCCGGCUGCGGCUGCUGCUUGACUUGCGCUCUGGCGGAGGGGCAGGCAUGCGGGGUGUACACCGGUACAUGCACGCACGGGCUGCGAUGCCUGCCGCGCAACGGUGAGGAGAAGCCGCUUCACGCCCUGCUACACGGCAGGGGAGUGUGUACGAACGAGAAGGGAUACAAACCACCGCACCCACCUAUUGAUCGUGAAUCAAUAGAGCAUGAUGAUACAGUGAAGCCAGACACGACUGAAGACCAGAGUCCUAAAAUUCCCCUUAAAAUUCCAGAUGUAAUCAACAGCAAGAAGCAUGCUGCCGUGCGCAAGGACAAGAAGAAACAACAGGAGAAGCUUCGCUCAGUGGGGACGAUGGAUUACUCCCCCCUUCCCAUUGACAAGCAUGAGCCUGAAUUUGGUCCCUGCAGAAGGAAGCUGGAUGGAGUCAUUCAAAAUAUGAAAGACACCUCACGCGUCAUGGCUCUUUCCCUCUACCUGCCUAACUGUGACAGGAAGGGCUUCUUCAAGCGCAAGCAGUGCAAGCCCUCCCGCGGCCGGAAACGAGGCAUCUGCUGGUGCGUGGACAAAUAUGGCGUGCAGCUGCCCGGCACUGACUACAGCGGCGGUAACAUCCAGUGCAAGGAUUUGGAGAACAGUAACAACAACGAGUGAGAAUCAACCCACCCUGAUCACCAGACCUAGGGCCCACCCUCCUUGUCCUGUCCCACCAGUCUACCCGCCAGUCACUUUGAGAUUUUGAUGCAAAACGACAAAGAAACACAACAGCUAUUACAAAUAUGAACAAUCAGACUAAAAAGAAAAUGUUAAAGUGAGAUAAUCCACAGGAAUCGUUUUGACUGAUCGCUCAUCUCUAUCUCACUGGACUCAGCCAAUCAGAGGAGCCCCCUGCUAGGGCUGAGUCCCGGCAACAACAACAACAAAAAAAAUUGUUAAAAAUAUAUACAUACAAUUAUAUAUUUUUAUAGAAGCUGGGGUUUGAGCACCAUACUGUUUUGUUUAAAGUUAACAUAAAACAAAAAACUACAAAAAAAAAAAAAAGAAUAUAUGGCAUGUUGAAUAUUAACAGGGCUAUCUUGGUCUUUUACAUCUUUUGUUGUCAAGGUAUCAAA